ACACACACACACACAACCCUAAAUAAUUCCGAUGGUGCCAAAAAGCUGCAAAUUAAACAGAGUGCAAACCCCCAAAAACUACUAGAUCUCUCUCUCUCUCUCUCUACACUCUCUCUCUCUCUCUCCCCACCUACAAUUAAUAAACACAAAACCUAGUGUUUAAUCUAGUAGUAAACUAGUCCCAUAAUUCAUAUUGCAAAACACACACACAAACACACAAACACACACAGUAGUGUUGGAUCUUCACGAAAACUACCACAUGAUAAUAAUAACCACCCAUCCUCCAACCCUAUAAACCCUAGUUUUGUUUGCUAUGGAUUUUCUCUCAAAAUUGAGGUUGGUCUUAGCUUGUAGGAGAGAGGAAUAUGUCUGGGUUUUUCUCGCUAAGUGGUAAGAACCACGACAACAACCAAGAACAGCAAGACCAGCACAAUCAGACAGCAGAAACUGGUAAUAAUAAUAGUAAUAAUUACAACUUGUUCCUGUUGAACAAGAACGAAGAGAUCUACAGCAAGGGUUUCGAGGUAUGGCAGCAGUACUACCAGUUGCAUCACCAGAGAAGCCACCAUCAGGAUGUGGACUUCUCCAUCGGGCCGAGUAGCGGCGGACGGCGGAGGAGCAUCGGAGGAGGUGAUGAGCCUGGGAACUACGGUAGCUAUAAUAAUAACAGAUCGGCGGCGGAGUUAGGGUUUCGGGUGAUGAAUCAUCAGGGGAGAGGGGCGGUGGGGAGCGACGGAAUAAGCUGUCAGGAUUGUGGCAACCAAGCUAAGAAAGACUGCGAGCAUAUGAGGUGCAGGACUUGCUGUAAGAGCCGCGGCUAUCCAUGCCAGACCCACGUGAAGAGCACGUGGGUUCCGGCGGCCAGGCGCCGCGAGCGUCUCCAGCAGCAGCAGCAGCUGACGACGACGACGACGAAUUCUUCUUUGCAGACGGAUCAACAGCAGCAGCAGCAGCUGGCGGCGGUCAGAGGUGGCGAGAAUCCUAAGCGGCUGAGGGAGGGUGAUGGAAGAGCUGGCGCCGGCGGAAGUGGUGGAGGGUUUGAGCUGGGACACUUUCCGGCGGAACUGAGUUCCCCGGCGGUAUUCCGGUGCGUGAGAGUGAGUGCAAUGGACGACGCGGAGGAGCAUCUGGCGUAUCAGACAGCUGUCAACAUUGGAGGGCAUGUAUUCAAGGGAAUCCUCUACGAUCAAGGUCCUGAAAGCCGGUACCCCGGUGGCGCUGCCGGAGAAGGCCCCUCCUCGGCCGGCCUCAUCGGCGGAGGCUCUCACCAACAGUCGCUCGAUCUGAUCACCGCGACAACGAGCAACACGAAUCUGACAAUGCUCGACCCUUCGAUUUAUCCUAGUAGUCAUCAGCUUAGCGGUUUCAUGGCCGGUACGCAAUUCUUCUUACCACCAAGACCUUGAUAUCAAAUUUAUUUAACAAGUAUUGAGUAUUUAAUCCCUUCCAUGUUUCUAACUUAAUUCACUUUAGUGUUUGUUUUGAGAAUCAUUUUUAAGGAAAUAGUUAGGUCCAAGAAUGUUGUAAGAAUAUCACAAGCAAGCAUUUGGAAUAUUGUUCAUGUUUAUUAUUUAUUUCUAUUUAUAUA